GGAGAAAUAAAAUGGAGAAUUUUGUGUGAUUGUUGUUUUGCACAACAUUAUUCUCGCGUUCGGGUUGUCAAAAGUUUGUAAACUUGGACCGCCGGAAAAGGGCCAAAAAGUGUCGUAAAGCGAAGUGGAAGACCGAAUCGAUCGGAAGCAGCAGGAAUUUUCGGUACGCGAGUGUUAUCCGGUGCGUGUGGCCGCAGCAAAAAAAAAGAACCCCACGAAAAAUCAUACGGAUUUUUCAGGAUUCUUCCCAUCGCACUUCCCUCUAAUCGACGAGCUUUUUUUCUUUCCUAUUUGGAGCCAUGGAGUAAAGAAGAGCAGGCAGGUAGGCCUCCGAAAAGUAAAAUUGUCGGACGACUGGAAGCGGAGAGGCUCUUGCUUGAAGCUAGAGAGAAAGAGAAAAGAAGUAGCCCGUGGCCUCGCCUGUUCCUGCUGACUGGAAGUGUUUUUGGGGAUGGAAGGGAGCAUCUCAGUUUUUUUCGGACUGACUUCUCAAGAACGGGCUCUUCCCGCUUUUUGGAGCUCUUGAAGAUAGCUCGAUAUAAUCGAUAGAGGGAAAUCUAUUACAUCACGGCUGGACGAAGUCUGAACGCGGUCGCGGUUAAUCGAGAAAACAGUACGGCUGAAGGGGUGUGCCGGAUUUUGGACACCGGAAUAAGAAAGUGUAGAUUGUUUUAAUCCCUAGAGAAGUAAACCGGAUGGGACACCCAUGAAGAAAACUGAAGCCAAGAAGCGCAAGAGGAGAAAAUAGUGUGGUGAGACGCAUUUUGUGUGUGUUAUUUCUUCGCGUUUAGAUGGGCACGGGAGUAAAUGAGAAGUCAUAAAACGAUUUAGCAUAAGUGAAAAGUGAAAGAGAGUUCUUAGACUAUAAGCGUACAAUAAAGUGUUAUAGAAAAAUCAAUUCAUCAUACUAGGUUCGGAAAUCUAGUGGAUGGGUAGGAGUUUUUGAUUGACCACGGGCCAGAAUGAAGGAGAUGGUCGGUGGUUGUUGCGUUUGCUCCGAUGAUCGGGGUUGGUCGGAGAACCCGUUGGUCUAUUGUGAUGGCCAGAGUUGUGCAGUGGCCGUGCACCAGGCGUGCUACGGUAUAGUGACGGUGCCAAGUGGGCCUUGGUACUGCCGCAAGUGUGAAAGUCAGGAACGGUCAGCUCGGGUGAGGUGCGAACUUUGCCCCUCGCGAGAUGGAGCCCUCAAGCGAACCGACAACCAAGGAUGGGCGCACGUUGUUUGUGCGCUUUACAUUCCGGAGGUGCGAUUCGGCAAUGUCACCACCAUGGAACCAAUUAUCUUGCAGCUGAUACCCCAGGAACGUUACAGCAAGACUUGCUACAUUUGUCAAGAAAUGGGCAAAGCCUCGCGAUCUACCGUCGGUGCGUGUAUGCAGUGUAACAAAUCUGGCUGCAAACAACAGUUUCACGUUACCUGUGCACAGCAACUUGGGCUGCUUUGCGAAGAAGCUGGAAAUUAUCUAGACAAUGUUAAAUAUUGUGGAUACUGCCAGCAUCAUUAUAGUAAAUUGAAAAAAGGUGGCAACGUCAAAACCAUUCCACCCUACAAACCAAUAAGUCACGAAACAAACUCAAGCGAUGGCCCAUCUUCGCCGGAGAAAGAACUGGAACCACCGCCUACUCAGCAACAUUCCAGUGGGAGCGGUUUGGGAAGCACCAGCGGGAUAAAAUCGACAAACCGAUUACCGAAUGAACAGACCGCUGGGCCACCAUUGGCAUCGUCGUCUUCUUCGUCGAAGCAGAGAAAAUCUUCAGGUGCCUCAAAGGGUUCCACCAAUACAUCUAUGGCACCUGGCUCCACAAUUAUGUCGGGGCCAGGAAACACUAACUCUACUGGCAUACCUAGUCAACCGUCCUCUAUUGCGCCAGGACUGCCUGGUAUGAAUUCAAUGGCUGCCAUGAGUAACGUUACCGGAAGUAGUCUUGGCAAAACUAGCUCUUCUUCAACAAGUAGCAGCAGUAAAGAUAAGGACAAAUAUAACAAAAAUAUUAGUAAGGUAUCCAGUACAAACAAAGGUCAUGAAAAGGAUCCAUCAAAUGCUUCGGCAUCUUCCUCAUCUUCGUCGUCACAACGAGACAAAGGUUCGAAAUCCUCAAAAUCCAGCACUUCUGGAGGAAACAGCAAUAUUGGCGUAAUAGGAACAACCAGUAGCAUAGUUUCCCAUACUGGAUCAAAUGUUUCUAACCCAAUGCUGAAGGAAUCGGAUCCAGCUUUGAUGUCAUCUUCAACAUCUAGCAAUGCCCCACCACACUCAACUACGAUGAAGCACCAACCGGACAGUGGAACCAUUAAGCAAGAGAAAACGUUAGCACAAAUUUCAUCCGCUGCCGUUUCUUCUGCCCGUGCAGCUUCUUUAUCCCCGGCAGCUAUCCCGACAACGCUUAUCAUAAAACCACCUCAGGAUCAUUCCGGAAACAGCAAAGAUAUAUUAUCUAAGGAAACAAUCGCCAAGUUCACCACAUCAAAUUUCACCGAAACAAUAGUUGUGAAUUCGGAUUCAGUGUUCGGUGCCAAUGCCCCCGGUAAUCCUGGACUAGAACCAAUUGGCAGCAAUACUGGAAGCCUGGGUGGAAAUACAGGAGGACCUCCACUAGGCCCAAUCUCUGUUAUCGAAUCAGGUUCCGCGAGUGCAAAUGUUAAGAUGAAUCUCUCCGGCGAGAAUCCGUACUCCGGUGGCAGCGCUGGCGGUGCCAAAAAACGAAAAGCGGAUGCGAGAUCAACUCCGACAUUCACUUCAGGAGAUAUCGACAUUAAUCGCGAUCUUAUCAAGGACGUUGCUGUUUCUCUAGUGCCAUUACCCCUAAAUAAAAAUGAUAGCAUUGAUCCGGCGUCUAUAAGCGGGAUAGAAAAAAGCAUCAAAAAGGCCAAAACAGAACCCAACUCUCCACAUACGCCCACCGCGGAUCCGAAUUUGCAAAAUUUGAACCCUAAUCUACUACAGUCGUCUCAUGCAUCCAACGUCAUCUCAUCUUCUAUCAAGCAUCAGCAGCAGCCCAACUCGCCCCAGCUGCCACCACCGACUUCACAGCAACAACAGCAGGGACAACUGCACACCCCAAGUCUUGUAGUUUCUGUUCCCUUGUCGACAGCAACCGUACCUGGCGUUAAUCUACCUACCAGUAACAGCGGUAGUAGCACCGGCAUAAGCAGCAGCAGCAGCAGCACCAGCAGUAGUGGUCCCACAAACACCACCAGCAAUGUACCUAACGUUAGCAGUGGCAGCAACAGCAUCAUCAACACACCGAACAUUGUUUCCCCCGGGCAAAUGCCACCGGGAACCAGUUUGUACCAGCAGUUGACUCAACGAUCUGGGGAGCAGUUUAUGGGCGCAUCAGCAAAUCGCUCCAGUCCAGUGAUUCAACAGCAAACCAGCCACGUGAUUCAGAAUCCUGCUCACGUGAUAUUGGAAAGGCAAUCCCCAUCGAUGCGAUCUUCUCCCGCCAUCAUUACGAGUGCGGGUGGACCGCAACAAGCGGCCCAUUCAUUCGGUACGAGCGGAACGCUACUCGGGAUGGACCUGAACCCGCAGCCCGGCAACCCGGUAUCCGUACUACAAAGCAUUUCACCUGUUCCGAUGAAUGCUAUUCAGAGCACCUCCUCGUCACCGAUCACGAUGGGAGGCGAGGGCGGAGGUGGUGGCUUGAAGAUUUCCUACGAAGCACAGACCCCCAACGCACGGAUAGCAGCCCUACAGGAAGAAGAAUUCAUGGGCCGUAGAUCAAGAUCAAAGUCAAGAGAACGUGGUAGUGGCGGAACAGGAAACAGCGCUGGUGGUGGUAAAACGCGAACAUCUAAGAAGCGCUCUCUGCAGCAACAACAGCAGCAGCAGCAACACCGUUCGUCGCCAUCAGUCAAUUCUGGCUCGACGUCCACUUCCUCCAGCCCUGCUUCUUCUGCCAAUAACGCCAGCAGCAACAUAAGCACGAUCUAUGCUAGAAAUGAUCCGCUCAAACCGACCACAACCACCACCACCGCCGCCGCCAAUAAUAGUCGUAGCUCAACGCCUAGCAAUAGUCACAGCAGUAGUCACUCGAACACUAGUAACAAUAAUCAGCUUAACCCGACCCUUAACAGUAGUAGCAAUAAUUCUAGUCACACUAACCCGACCAGUGGUAACAAUAGUAACAGUAACAGCUUGCUGACAACCGCCACCUCAACCGGAUCAACCAUUAUGGGCCCUACAACUCAGCCCCCCAAAUUGUCUGACAAAUUUUCCCAGUCCGUGUCCUCUGCUUCAUCUUCCGCAAGCGGCACUGGAAGUGUGAACACUUCCAACAUAACUUCGUCUAUCACUACUUCUGCUAUCACCUCUGCUCCUGGCACAAAUGUUAUCGAAAUGGCCGGUUCUGUUUCUACCUCCGUCAAUAUUUUUCAAAGCAACCAUGCCAAUAACAUUGGCCAGCAGCAAAAUUUGGUUCCUGGUGGAAGUGCUGGCGUUAGUGCUAAUGCAACUGUCAUGGGAAACAGCAACAGUAGUAAUAGUAGUAACUUCGCUGCCGGAUCCCACACCGAUCAUGGCCAUGGCACUCCCAGUAGCAAUAACACCAGUAGUAUCAAUAACUCAAGUAAUAACAGCGCUGUGGUGGUCACGCACACCAGCAAAAAGUUGCGAUCCUCGCAAACAUUGGUUGAAAUACCCUCGCCGUCUAAUUCCAGAACACCGGACAAUAGUUUCGGUUCUAAUUCUUCAUUUAGCGGAGGUGGAGGCCUCAAGUUCUCGUACGAAGCGCAACCUACCAGCAAUUCGAUAACGAUCGGUGCCACAUCGACGAUUAUCACACCACAGGCGACGGUCAAAGAAUCGCCACCUAGCUCACCGGGUUCAGAUUCGGGUAUGGGAACGCGCAACAGUUCCGGGGCGGGCAACAAGCGAAACCGAAAACUAUCGACUCACUCCAAUGUGGGGGGACCUCUCGGGUUGGCCGGUCCACCCGAAGCGAAGGAAAGCAAACUUUUCCAGAACGGUGUGGUUCAUGCGAGCCACAUGCUUGGAAACCAGCUGAAUCCAAACAGUACCAUGGCCCAGAAGAUGUCCGAUCAGCUCAGCAUGGAAAUCGAAACCCACACGACGUUUGUCGAGGCAGCGCCGCAGCUGGUUGGGCCUCCGUUUCCGGGAAAACAAGCGGUGCGCCCAAGCAAUCCGGCACCAACUGGCGGGGGAGGAAAUUCUCUUAGCUCGAUGCUAACGGGAAGUGCAACGGCAACGGCCAACGGGAACACACCGCAAAGCCUAGAACAGCUUCUAGAACGCCAGUGGGAACAAGGAUCUCAGUUUUUGAUGGAACAAGCACAACAUUUCGAUAUUGCAUCUCUUUUGUCCUGCCUGCAUCAGCUGCGGAGUGAAAAUGUUCGCCUGGAAGAACACGUGAACAAUCUCAUCGCCCGGCGGGACCAUCUCCUGGCAGUAAACGCUCGCUUAGCGAUUCCCUUGAACCCGGCUGCAAUGGGUGGAGUUGGCUUGGGAGGUGGCGGUGGCGGUGCAGGCAACACUGGGUCUGGAGGUGGUGGUUCCGGUAACACUGGAGGCAGCUCAGGAGGUAGCACCGGAGGGGGCGGGUCUAGUGCAGCAGGAUCUCAAGCCUCCCCGUUGUUGUGGUUAGGUCAAUUCAAUAACAUGCACGGGAACGGACCUCAUGAAGGUGGAGGUGGAAGUUCAACUUCAACUACGACCAUUUCUAGUCGGAAUAGUCGAAUACAACAGCAUCAAUCGCAAAAUCAGCAGCAACAGCAAUCACAAUCCCACUUUGGCAGUAAUACUAGUAGUAGUAAUCCGGUACCCCUGGAAAAUGGUAUCGAUUUCCGACAUUCGAACUCGAAUCAUCCCAACACUAACAACUCCUCGAUCAGACAUCAUUCACCUUCGAAUCAGUCUUGCGCUCCAUCUUCGAACGCCACUUCCAACAGACAGUCUUCAUCGUCAUCGGGCACCGGAGGUGGAUCAAUCUCGGAACCACCAUCUCAAUCUUCGCAUCACCCACGUGCAUCAGGACGUGGGGGCACGCAUAACAGUAACAGUUCGGGUUCCGGAUCAAGCAGCGCAACAAACACGACAUCAUCCAACGUAUUUCAGGUUCAACAGCAAACCAUUUACAACACCGCCCAUCAGAUUCCGCUUUUGUUGGAGCACCACCAACAGGAGCACCAUUCUCAGCAACACCAUCCGCCUCUGCCGUCUGUUCAAGCAGCACCUCACGGGGCACACCAUCUGCGGCAAACGUCGCCGACAGUUCCCUCCUCGCGAGCACAUCAGUCACGCGACCACAAUACGAGUCGUGUGGCGGUCCCAGAUGGUGCCAAUCUGCCGCCAUCUCUAGGACCGCCGUCUUCACAUUCCCAUCAUCCUGUGUCGUCGAUUCACUCCUCCUCACAACAGCCGCCUCCACCCGCACCUUCCACGCUUCCACCGCACCACCACAUUACUCCCCCGCACCAUCAAGUGCAAUCCUCCGGCCAUCCACCACCUCCACCACCGCCACACGUUCAACAGCAGAGGCAAAGACAUUAAGAAAUGUGUGACUUGAGUCUCCUUGCAAUAAUGGGAUCAGAUACACCAUUGUGUGCUGCAUAAUCACUGCAAUUUACCUGAACACCGAAGUCUCCGAAUGCACCUACAAAACGUGCUUUUAAAUCAGAUUAAUAUAAUUUUGAAGUAGUCAAUUCAGUGAAAAAUGUUGUAUCAAACAGCUAGUUAACGAAGUUUAACGUUGAGAAGUACAAGACAAAUUUCUGCUGAAAUCACAUUAUUCCUUUUCGUAAUUAACCCAAACCAAUGGACACUUUCAACAAUGUAGAAACUGCACCUAUUUUAGAGAGGGCGUACCCAUUGCGUACGCAUGCCAAAUUUCAAGACUUUUACUGCUUUCAUCCUCGUCCAUUCAUUGCAAUUCUAUGUCAAUUUCACUUUGUAAACCUCAACACUUUUUGAUCAUCGACAUUUUGUGUUUCAGAGUUAUCAAAACUCUAAACUGCUUUCGACGCACAUACUUUUCCAAGAUAUACUUUAACUUUGAUCUGAAACAUAGAAUACUGAUGUUAAACCACAUUAGAGAUGGUGGAACUCGAAAUCUUAACUUCAAAUCGAAAUACCCAUUUCAUAAACAAUUUUCUUUAGUGGUCGGAUUUGGAAAUUUUCUAUAUUUGGGGAUUAUUCAAUUCAGAUCAUUUAGAGUAAAAUUGGCAAUCUCACUUCUUAAUCGGAGAUGUUUGCCUAGAAAUUUGGAUUGAUUCAACUUUGGCGUAUUGUCAAAUUAGAUUUACUUCUUUCUUUGAAUUUUUCUAUGUCAACGACAGUUGGAAAACAGAAGCUUUAAAUUGUUUUUUUUUUUUGGUUAAUUUUCGUAAAAAUAAACCGCUUUGGGCAUCUGAUUAUGCUGCACUUUCGAAUUAAAUAUUCCGAUAGUUUAAAGAUUAUCAAACACCCACUUAAUUCAAGGCUUUUUAAGAGAAAUGUCAAUAUAAUAUAGUGGAAAAUGUGUUAGAUUUAAAGCCGUUGUUCAAUAUUUUCUGUUUACGUAAACGUUUUUUCAACAGUUCUAGAAUGAUUGGUGGCUUAAAUUAGUAAAAAGUUAUUUAUGUAAGAGAACUUUAUUGUGUGACAACCAACUUGUCUUGUGACUAUUAUAAACAAUUUUCAGUUUAAACUCGGAUGGGUUGCAUUGUAACAGACGAGACUGCUUUAAAACAAAUAUUUUGGGUCGAAUUUGUUCUCCGUGUUAUGCUUUAACUACCUAGAUGACUCAUCAAAUAAUAGUGAAAGGUAAAACAGUUUAAUCAUUGUAUAAUGAUUCGAACAUUGCUACAUGUUUUCUUUUGCAAAUAAACCAGAAUUGAGAAGAUUCAUAUCCGAAAUAUUACGCAAAAUGCCUGAUUUCGCUGUAACUAAUUGGGAGUUCACUUUCUUUAGUUACACAAUGGCUUUAGCAAGGGACAUUCUUUUUUAUUUAUAAAUAGCAAAUAUUAUCCCAUUCCAUCAGUUUUUUUUUAAACUUUGUUGCACGAACUCGCAUAAUUUUCCCUUUUUAUGAGGAUUCUACAAUAAACCGUAAAUGUUACAAACACACAUCACUCAGGUUGAAUCUUAAAUUGUAAAUACAUUUCAGAGAACAUCAUACUGAUCGUUUUCCCGCAUUUUAUUGAACAAAUUGAAAUAAACAGCUAGGCAUGUGUGCUUAGAAAAGAAUGAUAUUAUAAAAAAGCAUACUUACAUACUUUGGAAACACAAAAAAUACAAACCUUAAGACAAAAUACGAAUCAAACCAUAAAGAUAACCACUUUGGCCCACAUCAAAAUACCCUGUAAUCAAUGAAUCUUGUGCAAUGGUAUAAAUAAAUAUGAAGUUAAACUAUUGAA